AUGGCAUCUCUGGCCAAGACCAAAGAUAAAACGUACUCCGUAUCCAACACGGUCUUCUCCAAAAUUGACUAUUUGAGAGAGAAGGAUGCCACAAAAGGCAACUAUUUGCAUCACAUGUUAGCGCAGCGAGUUCAAAACAUAUCGCAGAAGUGGAAAUUCAUCCAGGUAGACGUUGAUAUGACUCUAUUGGCAAGUCUGGCCAAACUAAUGAUAUGCGAUGUAGCUCUGGUCGCCCAAGAUCGAAUUGAAUUCAAGGCACACAAGGUUGUGUUAUGUGCUCGCAGUGAUGUGUUUCGGGCCAUGUUCCGCAAUGACCUGCAGGAGAAGAAAACCGGUAGUAUUACCAUCGACGAUAUGGAUUCGGACGUGCUCAAGAAAUUACUAAAUUACAUCUACACGGACGAGGAAAUGCCCAAAGAAAUGGCAGCAGAUCUAUUUGUGGCUGCCAAUAAAUAUGCCCUAGUAGAUUUGCAAAAAAUCUGUGAAGAUAUAUUAAUCGAAGUAAUGAGUGACGACACAGUGGCUGAUAUUCUUCUUCUGGGCGAUCGUCAUUCCAGUGAACGCCUUAAAUCAAAGGCUGUUCAAUUUGUAAUCGAAAACAUUAAAAAUGUGAUGGCAACUGAAGGAUGGCAUAGAUUACGUGCGAAUGAUCGUGAUGUAUGUUUGGACAUCUUGGAAAAGGUCAUGCAGAUGCAGUUCGGUUAA